AUGCCCCGGCUUCAUCGACUCGUGGCGGUGCCGCUGCUGUUGCUGCUCUGUUGGUUGCGGUGCUCCUUGGGCUUCGUGGAGCAUCGCUGCACUUUCGACGAGCGGAUGCGGAGUGCCGGUGCUUUGCCGGUGACGCGUGAGCUGCCCCGGAAGGGGCAGGGCGCGUGGGAGGCCUACACCGCCGGUGCGUCGUCGUGGGAGCCGAUACGCAUUAAAGCUUUCACGGAGGACAUGAAGAGUGGGCUCCGCUACUGCACCGCCGCGGGAGACCUGCGUCCAGACUUUGAGGGCGGCAUCGCGGUGUGCAGGGGGGAGCACGUCCUCACCCCAGAGAAGAAGGCGCUUCUCGUUGCGCAGCUCCUACCGGAGUCGAUUCAGCUACACGCCAACCGCCUGCUCGUGCGCCCAAUGGGCCUGUUCUUUGUGCAGCGGUUUACCGUUGGCGCCUGCGCCUUUUUCACGGUCCCCGAGGAGCACCACACGGUGGGGGUUGUUGGCGCCGACUUCGUCCUCUACGUUGCCGCCGGGCCGACGAUGGGCGCCAAUGUGGCGUGGGGCGCCCCGUGCUCCGUCACGGAAGAGGGGCGGCCCGUCGUUGGGGCGUUGAACUUUGGUCCGCAGCACAUCUCUACGAAGCGGGGCCUGGCGCGCGCCGCCGCACACGAGAUUGCGCACACCCUUGGCUUCUCCGCUUACCUCUUCGCCGAGCGCAGCAUGGUCACCGCGCUGCGGAACGUUCGCGGCAAAGCCGCCGUCGUUGCGGUGUCCUCAAAGCGGACGCUUGCGGCGACGCGGCGGCACUUUAACUGCGCUGCCGCCCCUGGCAUGGAGCUGGAGGACGAGGGUGGGGAGGGGACGGCGCAGUCGCACUGGGAGCGGCGCAACGCGAAGGACGAGCUGAUGGCGGGCGUUGCAGGCGUCGGCUACUACACGGCACUGACGAUGGCGGCCUUUGAGGACACCGGCUUCUACCGCGCCAAUUGGGGCAUGGAGGAGCCGAUGGCGUGGGGCAACAGCACCGGCUGCGAGUUCCUGCAGGAGGCAUGCGUGCAAGACGGCUCCACAAGGUAUCCUGACAUGUUCUGCACCGGCGUUUCCACGCACUUUAGGUGCACGUCGGACCACCUGGCGCUGGGGGUUUGCAGCCUGACCGCCUUCCAGCAGGCGCUUGCGCCGCCGUACAGGUACUUUGGGAACCCCGCGGUUGGCGCCCCUCAGCACGAGCUGACAGAUCGCUGCCCCGUCAUCGCCCCGGUCGCAGGCGGCGGCUGCACCACCCUCCUGAACACCGUCCCUGGGAGUCGCGUGGGGUCGAACUCGCGCUGCGUGGACGGCAGCUCGCUUCACGUCCACGCGGUGGAGGUUGGGGCGGUCUGCGUGGAGGUGUCGUGCGAGGGUCCGCGCACGCUGCGGGUGCGGCACGCCGGGGAUGAGAGGUGGCACCUGUGCCCGGAGGGAGGCACGCUGCGGCCGGGCCCGCCCUUCACCGCCGGCCACAUUGUCUGCCCAAAGUACGCGCGGGUCUGCGCCACGGUGGCUGGGGGCAGCGUCGCCGUCGUGGGCGAAGGCGACGCGGCGCAGCGCGUGCAGAGCUCCGCAGCAGACGACGCCCACCGCGACAACGUCUUCCGGCGCGAGGCAUUCCCACAGCGGCGCAGCGUUGUGCAACGCGCCGAGGGGGAUGCGAGCGGCGUCGCCGGCGCCCCUACCCUGCCGUGGCUGCUGCUGCUCUCUCUGUUGUGCGCCGUCCGCUAA